AUGGCACCUUUUGAGACUUUGUAUGGGAUGCCAUGUCGAUCACCUGCUUGUUGGAUGGAGGUAGGAGAUGUGUCGUUGUUAGGGCCAGAGUUAGUGAGGGAGACUACGGAGAAGGUAAAUAUUAUUCGGGAAUGUAUUAAGACUGCACAGAGUCAUCAGAAGAGUUACGCUGAUAGAAAACGUAAGGGGGUUGAGUUAAAUGUCGGAGAUUUUGUGUUUUUGAAAGUCUCGCCGAUGAAGGGUAUUAUAUGGUUCGGAAAGAAGGGAAAGUUAGCACCUAGAUUUGUGGGACCAUAUGAAAUCAUUGAGAUGAUUAUAUCACCAGAAGUGUUGGAGAGUAAUGAUGAUCUAACGUAUGUGGUGCAACCGGUUACUAUUCUUAAUCGAGAUGUAAAGCAGUUGCGGCGCAAGAAAGUGAACUUGGUGAAAGUGCAAUGGAGCGCAGAUGAGAACGAUAUUACCUGGGAGUUAUAA